GUACAUCAUCCGGAUAAAGAAAUUGGAUCCGGCAAUUCCCGUGGCAUUCCUGGGAGUGAUGGGAAUCAUGGCGUUGCCGAUGGUGUCGUCGGUGGGAUGCCUGCUGCUGAGCCUUCGCGCCGACGCGCUUGUUGUGAAUACAGACGUCAACCGGACGUUUGACCUAACGAGGCACAUCGUCCGGCAAGUAGACGACAUUUCGUUCCGAGACGAGAACGGGCCGGUGGCAACGUACACAUGGGCAAUUCCGCUGACCUUUCACGACCGUUUAUCGUACAUGAGCGCCAAAACCGAUCGAAACAUCGCGUGUGAAGUCGUCCAAGGCUCGCGGACGCCCGUCAUGCAGCUCUACAACGUGCGGUUGCCAACGCCAGUACUCAAGGGAGCAGACGGGUUCAUCCGAAUGACAGCAUACUUCACACGCAUGCUCACACCGUUGCCUGCUGCGAUCAAGCAAAGCGAGAACCAGUUGGUCGUGUUCCGUGCACCGCACUUGCUCCCGUCGCCGUACCCGACCGUCACCCAAACCACACGAGUCAAACUCCCGUCGAGCCACAUUGAGAGCCAUACGCUGUUGGAACCCGUGGCCGCAAACGGCUCGACCUUGACCUUUGGACCGUACCAGUCGACCCCCGCCGAAUCUCCGACCAUCCACACGCCGUUCACUGUUCAUUUCAUGCACAACGAACCCUUCUUGACCAUGACGUCCGUCGUAAAGGAAAUCCAAGUGUCCAUGUGGGGCCGCGUGACGACGGAGGAAGUCGUCGACGUCGAACACACCGGUGCAACCCUCGUCGGGGGCUUCUCGCGCUUCGACUACGCUGAACACCGCGCCGUGUCGGCGUCGUUCCGGUCGUUUGUGGCUGUCUUGCCGGAACACGCAACCAACAUCUAUUACCGCGACGUGAUCGGCAACAUCACAACGUCCCGCCAUCACCCAACGACCGGCCGGACGGAGCUCGAGCUGCACACGCGAUACCCGCUCUUUGGCGGAUGGAGGACGCAGUAUUACCUCGGGUACUCUGUUCCGACGGCGUCCGUGCUGUUGCAUGCCAACGACCAGUACCGCCUCGAAGGGGUCCUGUCGACUUGUGUCGACCAUGCGGCCGUCGACAACCUCACUGUCAAGGUGAUUCUCCCCGAAGGCGCGACGAACAUUCAAGUGACGGUGCCAUUUCAUGCCGAGAUCGCGCGCACGACGCGGCAUUCGUUCCUGGAUACGCCGGACAUGGGCCGUCCCGUCGUAAUCGUCAAGAUGACCAACGUCGUGCCAGCCCACAACGACGCCCCGUUCACCAUCACGUUCGAGUACCCGAGUCACUUCAUCUACCGGGAACCUGCGCUCGUCGUGGCGGCGUUUUUUGCGUGUUUCGUCGUAUGCAUGGCCGUCGUACGCAUGGCUUCGAUCUUCACCGCGGUCCAACGUAAGCCACUGGCGAAAACCGAGUAGAAUAUGAUGCGCUUUCACGACCGAAGCGUGCAUGUCUCGGUUCAAGCCGUCGAAAGAGAAAUGUAGUGGGUCCUCCCUUGUCGGGAAUACGUUUGUUUGUACGGAGGUAGUGGGCACGACGAUGAUUUUCUGCAUGCUUGUACCUUACUUAGAGCUGGUUGAUCUCGCCAAACUCAGAGUAAAACGUGGACAUGGCCGUGGAUGACUUCGUUGCGUCCGCGGGGUUGAGCCACAGCCGGCACUUGUCGUACGGGGGCGCGUACAAGUGCAGUGUGAUGGCGUCCGUCGUGUCGCUGGGGUUCCCAAUCUUGUGAAGGCCGAGGGAGUCGUCCAUGUACGUGACCCCUUCCGACACAAACGUUUCCGACGUUUGUUCGAGGCUCGUGCCGUUGUUCCAGUAUCGAACUUCGUGCACCGUCCCUUGGAUGUGACGGACCCAGCACCCGUCGGACGGGUGGUCGUGGAUCGGGCUGUACUUGCCCUUGUUCCAGCACAACAGCAUGAGGGCGUACGUUUGGUUGUCUGUCGCGAUGAGGUUGCGUGUGUAGUUUCGGGACGGGUCAAAGUGCGCAUAGCGCUUGAGUUCGUCCAAGUCGGCGUGCAACGAGGCUAGGGCUUUCUUGAUGUCGUCCUUCUUGUUGAGGGGAAGGCGUUCGUGGUGUUCAAACUCGGCUUCGAUCGCGUGGACGAGCUCUCGCAGGGUCAAUCCCUUGGUCGAGGAAGGCGGCGUGGGGGUCGUGGCGGCGACGAUCGCGCUCAUCUGCGUCGCACAGAGGAUGUUCGGUUGUGGUUCUCUGGCGUUUUGUCGCAAGCUCAUUUUAUUCGACAUCACUUGAUAUUUG